CGCCUGCGCAAGCUAUUGGCGCCAAGAUGGCGAUGGAGAUGAGGCUUCCAGUAGCUCGGAAGCGGCUUAGCGAGAGUCUCGGGCGGGAGACUAAGAAACACCUAGUGGUGCCGGGGGACACGAUCACUACGGACACCGGCUUCAUGCGGGGCCAUGGAACAUAUAUGGGGGAAGAGAAACUCAUUGCAUCUGUGGCUGGCUCUGUGGAGAGAGUAAACAAGUUGAUCUGUGUGAAAGCUUUGAAAACAAGAUAUAAUGGUGAAGUGGGAGACAUUGUAGUGGGGAGAAUCACAGAGGUUCAACAAAAGAGGUGGAAGGUAGAGACCAACUCCAGGCUGGAUUCAGUGUUGCUGCUUUCGUCCAUGAACCUCCCUGGAGGAGAACUGAGGAGAAGAUCUGCAGAAGAUGAGCUUGCAAUGAGAGGCUUCUUACAGGAAGGGGACCUUAUCAGUGCUGAGGUCCAGGCAGUUUUCUCUGAUGGAGCCGUCUCUCUGCACACGAGGAGCCUGAAAUAUGGAAAACUAGGUCAGGGUGUUUUGGUCCAGGUUUCCCCCUCCCUGGUGAAACGGCAGAAGACCCACUUCCAUGACUUGCCAUGUGGUGCGUCAGUGAUUCUGGGUAACAAUGGCUUUAUAUGGAUCUACCCCACACCUGAACACAAAGAAGAGGAUGCAGGGGGCUUCAUUGCAAACCUGGAGCCUGUCGCCCUUGCUGAUCGAGAGGUGAUAUCCCGGCUUCGGAACUGCAUCAUCUCUCUGGUAACUCAGAGGAUGAUGCUGUAUGACACCAGUAUCCUGUAUUGCUAUGAAGCAUCCCUUCCACACCAGAUCAAAGACAUCCUAAAGCCAGAAAUAAUGGAAGAAAUUGUGAUGGAAACACGCCAGAGACUUUUAGAGCAGGAGGGAUAAGGAGAUACUCCUGGAUAGGACUGGGCAUACCUUACUGGGAUAAAGAAUCCAAUGUGUAGUACCCAUGUGUGCUCAGUGAAGGCCUGAGAUGUCAUCAGUUCAUCUCAUCAACAGCUGUGUGGCUGCUGCCAGGCCACAGACCUGCUUUCUCUUGUUCUAGAACAAAGCCCAUGUAGAUGGUGAAAGUGCCUACAGCUUGCCUGCUGAGCCCAGCACAAGGGGGGAGUUUUGGGUCUUUCACAGUGCACAGUGUUCCAGCCAAAUGGACUCCCAUCCUAGAAUAAUAGGGAGAUUCCUUUGUCUUCUACUCAUCAUUCACAAGGCAUAGUACCCUAUGAAAUUGCCCCAGUAGAAAAUAUGGCAUCCUUGACCUAUAAAUGGUCUGUUUUGGCCUCCAUUCCCACCUCAUUCUGAGCAUAAGUAUGACAAUGAAGAAUAUAGUUGGUAUAGUUAGCCCAGCAGUCACAUGGAAGGAUAAAGCUAACCAAACAGCCUUCUGCUUGGUUGGAGUCCAAUUUCUCAUUUCAUAUUCCAUUUAGCAACUGCUGUAUGUCUAUACCAGGUGGCCUUUGUCCUGCCUUGAAGGGUGACUUGUAAGAAGCUGAAUUAUCAAUAAUAGAAUGGAUGUUCUGGGUCCAUGUAAUUUUGGGUGCUCUGAUAAACAGAAGAAAACAGUGAAAAAAACGGAGAUGGGAAAAGCAAAGCUCUUUUCCUCCUAGAACUGAAAUGGUUAUGCAUUAGCUAUUGAAUAAUUCAUGAUUAAAAGAUAAAAAGGACACUGAAGCUCCCACUGAGGAAUUCCUGUGCAUUGCAUUGUCUACAAGUGGUGCAUUGAUUCAGGUUUUGGGAAACAUUCUUUUCUAAGGGCACUAUGUGUUAAGUGCCAUUUUAUUUCAUAUAUGCGGUGAACUAGUUUUUGUGCCCUCUU